AUGACUGAGUACAAAUUUAUCAACUCGGACGCCGAGAACCCCGGUGCAGGCGGUUCAAUUGCACCCUUCUUCUCCAUCACGACCCCACCAUCAACGGACAUUUGGGAAAAGCCUCCCUCAACCAGCCGCUUCUCGGCACCGAUCCUUUACCAAUCCAUGCCACUGGGCUCCUUCAAGCGUGUUCGCGUUGCCAUCAAUGCCCAGUGGAAGCAGCUCUACGAUCAAGGCGGGCUCAUCCUCGUCCUGCGCAAGUCCGACGGAACCCAGAAGUGGGUGAAGGCCGGCAUUGAAAUCACGCACGGCAGACCUCACUUGGGCGUUGUGGCCAAGGACCGCUGGGCGGACUGGAGCUUGUUGCCUGUGCCUUCUGGAGGUGGCGCCGCCACGAUCGAGAUGGUUCGCGAAGACGACGGUAGUCUGUGGAUUUAUCUCGUUGAGGGAGUACAAAAGUCUCCGAUUCGGGAGGUCACAUGGCUCUUCCAGGAGGAGGACGUCAGUGAGCUGUGGGUUGGUACCUAUGCUGCGCGACCUGGAAAGGAAGGAGGUGAGCUGUCGGUUGAGUUUGGUCAUUUGAAUGUGGAAACCGUUUAG